CAGAAGUUUCUUAAGCAUCAUGUUGGCACUGCUGGUGACUGGCACUGCCGUUGACGUAUUCUGCCGUUUCGCCAAAUGGUCUGCCACCGGCACAGGCGUCCGGUUCCUGCUGCCCUUCUCCGUGUACACCAACUUAGAGAAAAUGUUUCACAUAACAACGGAGUCUCGACCCGGGUUAAUCACCUGUCUCACCGGAAUGAGGGUCUUGUCGAUGAGCUGGGUAAUCCUUGGGCAUCAAUAUAUCUUCGAUAUUUUAGUCUCUUACAACUACCUUCACAUAAAAAAGUGGACAAGCGGACUGCUCUUUCAAGUCAUCUUCAACGCCACGGUGAGCACGGACUCCUUUUUAUUCCUGUCGGGGCUCCUGGUGAGCUACGGCGUCCUGAGGGAGGUCAAGAGGACGGGGAGACUCAACAUAUUCAUGUACAUCAUCCACAGACUUAUCAGAACGUUAGGGAUGCAGAUUAG